UGGCUCCGUAAAAAUGAAAAAAAUAUAUAAAUUCGCGAUCAGAACAUAUCAGAUUAAAAAGCAUAACAAACUAACAAUUGCUCUGAGCUGCUUUUUCUUUGCAGAAAAAUUUUCUAAAAUUUUUCUGCUUGUUCCUUUCAUACUACCACGUUCCUUACACAUUUCGUUUCCUUGUUCCCUUCAGCUUAUGUUGCUGCUAAAAAUCAGUUGGAACACCCAAAAUGUUUUUAUUCUCUCUCCUUCUUAGACAAACACACAAGAUCCAAAAUAUAAAAAAAUUUGAGAGGAGGAAGCAAAUUUUCAAAAACAAACUUUUUUCACUCUCAAUAGUCAGCAUAGCAUAAUUUAGCCAACACUUCCUUUGCAUUUCUUAUUUUUUAAUUUUUGUUGGAUUUUUGUUUUCAAUUUUUGUUUUUUGUAAAUCGCGGAAAUAAAGAAGAGUUUAAUAAAGGCUCUCGGUUUUGUUUCUAACCUAUCAGGUUGUCCGUAAAUGAAAAAAUGUCCGCAGUCCGCAAGUUCAAAAAACCACUCCAAUUUUUGCAAUCUGCAACCGCAAUUGCGGACUGCCCUGUUAGAGCUUCUUAAAAGGAGUCUAUGUAUUUUU